CAGCACUCGGUGGUUUUUCGGGUUGAUCGUCUUCUUUUGGCUGCUGAGUUCACUGUAUUGUAAAGGGUACUAGGAGGAGGGGGGUUCAAUUGGUAGAAAUCUCCCGUUAGGGAACACAUCUGGGGUCUCGACGAUCAUAAGUUAUCGCACUUUUUAAGAAAUAGGUUUUAAUUGUUUUUAUUAAUUUAUUCUAUUUCUCGUAGUUUAUGGUUCACGUUAACACUCCGGGAGGGCAGAAAUGGCGGCCAACAUGUACCGGGUCGGAGAUUAUGUAUUCUUUGAGAACUCCUCCAGUAACCCUUACCUGAUCCGCCGGAUAGAAGAACUCAACAAGACGGCCAGUGGGAAUGUGGAGGCCAAGGUGGUUUGUUUCUAUAGAAGGAGAGACAUCUCCCACAGCCUCAUCCAGCUCGCAGACAAACAUGCCAAGGAGUUGGAAGAGGAGAAGGAGAACCCCACAGAGACAGAGCUAACAGAAAAACAGAAACACCAACUUCGCCACAGAGAGCUCUUCCUCUCUCGGCAGUACGAGAGUCUACCCGCUACACACAUCAGGGGGAAGUGCAGUGUUGCGUUAUUGAACGAGACUGAAGCUGUUCUUUCAUACCUUGACAAAGAGGAUACCUUCUUCUACUCACUGGUGUACGACCCGACACAGAAGACCCUGCUGGCUGACAAAGGAGAGAUCAGAGUGGGGCCACGCUUUCAGGCAGAUGUACCUGAAAUGCUACAAGAGGGUGAGACAGAUGACAGGGACCAGUCCAAACUAGAAGAGAAACUGUGGGAUCCGGAGUGUCCACUCACUAACAAACAGAUAGACCAAUUUCUAGUGGUGGCACGGGCGGUUGGGACCUUCGCUCGAGCGCUGGAUUGCAGCAGCUCAGUUAGACAACCAAGCUUACACAUGAGUGCAGCUGCAGCCUCACGAGAUAUCACGCUGUUCCAUGCGAUGGACACUCUGCAUCAUCAUAAUUACGACCUGUCCAGUGCGCUGAGUGUGCUGGUCCCAGCGGGUGGCCCAGUGCUCUGCAGGGAUGAGAUGGAGGAAUGGAGCGCAUCAGAAGCUGCCAUGUUUGAAGAGGCACUAGAGAAAUAUGGAAAAGACUUCAACGACAUCCGACAAGACUUUCUGCCAUGGAAAUCUCUGACCAGUAUCAUAGAGUACUACUAUAUGUGGAAGACCACAGACAGAUAUGUGCAACAGAAGAGACUGAAGGCAGCAGAGGCAGAGAGCAAACUGAAGCAGGUUUAUAUUCCCACAUAUAACAAACCCAAUCCCAACCAGAUUUCAGUGACCAAUGGCAAGAUGGCGACAGUGAAUGGCGCGGGCCCUGGGGCCUACCAUGCAGCAGGCGGGGGCAGAGCCUGCGAGAGCUGUUACACCAUGCAGUCGGCCCAAUGGUACUCGUGGGGGCCUCCAAACAUGCAGUGCCGCCUGUGUGUUUCCUGCUGGAUGUACUGGAAGAAGUAUGGUGGCCUGAAGAUGCCAAGCAGAGCAGAGGGCCCAGAGGAGAGGACCUCCCCCAGUCUGGCAAGCAAUGAGUCUCACUCUCGAGGUCACGGUCCUCGGCAGUCCAACCACAUGGUGCCGAUGCCCAGCCCCAAGUCCGCCAUGAAGACCAGGCAGGCUUUCCUGCUGCAGGCCACCCGCCUCACCAAGCUGGCCCGGCACAUGUGCCGUGACGUCAUCAGGCUGCGCCGUGCUGCGCGCCGGCCCUUUGUCCCCAUUAACUGUGCAGCCAUAAAGGCAGAGUACAUGUUAAGGGUGUCAGAAGGGCAGGGGACUCGCCUACCUAAAACCAGAGCCGCCCAAAGGAGCACUCUGACCACUGUUCUGCAGUUUCUAGAGUCCCGUCCGGCAGCGCACACCCCCCGCUCCCACCGCACCCCGGGCCUGCAGACACCUCCCCCUCGGCGCCUCCUCUCCUCUCUCCCACACGGCUCUCACGGCUUGCUGGGGAAACGCAGCUACCAUCACCACAGCAGGGCUGAGCCAGACAGGCGUUCAGAGAACCCAGGUACAACAAGUGCACCCCUCUUGCACAAUGGCCGCAACAGCAGCAGUGGAAACACUCGAGGUGGAGUGAUGAUCCGCAAGAGACGCCCCAACUGGAUUGAUGCUCCCGAUGACAGCUUCUUCCUCGUCACCCGGGAGACCAGGAGGGCCAGACGGCUGCUGUCCCGCUCCCAGCUGAGGCAUGCCUGCCGGCAGCCCUGCGAGCAGGUCACCCUGCGUAGGGUCUCCCAGGGCCCACCACAGGGGCUCGUCUUGGCCCCUCCACCUCACCCCAGCCUGAGGAUGCGAGGCCCCAUCGUCAUCCAUGACUGAUCCGACCUCCACACCUGCAUUCGCACUAAUAAAUCCUCACCCCCUCUAUUCUCAUUAAAUCCUCAAAUCCUCCUUUGCUUUUAGUCCUUAUUAAAAUACUGUUAUAAUUCUUGACAACUCUUAAACAAGCUGUCUACAGUAACUUCUUGGCAACAGAAGGAUGUGAUGAGCCGUGAUGCAAUAGAAACAUACACCUGACCUGACUGCAAGUGCUGCCUGUCUUUACUCCCAUGGGAAUGUGUUUGUACAUACUGUAUUUGGGUGCAUGUGAGCGUGUGACCGAAAGGCAGAGAGUAUGUGUGUAUGUGUGUGUGUGUAUGUGUGCCAACAACACAUCAGACAGUGAGGGGAUGUUGGCGUGUGUUGUUCUUAGUUUUUAUGGAAGGACAUAAUGACAAAACUUAGUGUGACCUUUGUGUUGAUGGUGAAUUGUUGUGAAGUUCGAUCAGUUUGUAUAAAGUUAUUUUGGGAGAGGGCUGG